AUGGCGGCGCCCGUCAUGGAGACGUGUCACGUGUUCUGCAGCGCGAACCGGGCGCGGGGCGCCGUGCGCUGGGACCCCGGACCCGGGGGUCUCCUGGCUUUCGGCUCUUGCCGCUCUGUGGUCCUCUACGAGCCGCAGAAAGGAGUUGUUAUUGACACUCUGAAUGGUCAUACUGGUCGAAUUAAUUGCUUACAGUGGAUUCAAAAACAGGAUGACUCUCCUGCAACGGAACUGAUUUCUGGAGGAUCAGAUAAUCAGAUGAUUCUUUGGGUGAUACAGAAAAACCAGCUUAUAGAAAUAAUUCACUUCAAAGGCCAUGAAGGUGCGAUUUGUGCUGUCACUGCUGUUUACCAGAAGAGUGCCUCAGGUAUAGAAUUAUAUCCACUUAUAGUUUCUGCAGCUUCUGAUUCUACAGUCCGAGUGUGGUCCAAGGUGGACUCACAAGCAAAAUGCCUUCAGACCUUACAGUUUGGAAGUGGGUUUAUUUUGGAUGUCUCCUUAUCCUUUUUGCCUAAUAGUAUUGUACCAGUUCUGGCUUGUGGCAGUGAUGACUGCAAAAUCCAUUUGUAUGUACAGCAGAAUGAUCAGUUUCACAAAAUGCUUUUGCUCUCUGGACAUGAGGAUUGGAUAAGAGGAGUUGAAUGGGCAACCUUUGGAAAAGAUCUUUUUUUAGCAAGCUGUUCCCAAGACUGUUUGAUAAGGGUCUGGAAAUUGUAUGUAAAAUCAACAUCCUUAGAAAUUCAAGAAGAUGAUGAUAUAAAGCUGAAGGAAAAUACUUUUACUCUGAAAAAUGAAAGUGCUGAGGCAACGUAUGCCGUUACUCUGGAGACAGUGUUAGCUGGUCAUGAAAACUGGGUAAAUGCUGUUCAUUGGCAGCCUUCAUUUUACUCAGGUGAUGUGAUUCAGCAGCCAAUGAGAUUGUUGUCUGCCUCAAUGGAUAAAACCAUGAUUCUCUGGGCUCCUGAUGAAGAGUCAGGAGUGUGGCUGGAGCAGGUACGAGUAGGUGAAGUGGGUGGGAACACCCUGGGGUUUUAUGACUGCCAGUUUAGCCCCGAUGGCUCCACGAUCCUAGCCCAUGCUUUCCACGGAGCAUUGCACCUUUGGAAGCAACAUGCAGUUGGUUCGAAAGAAUGGGCUCCAGGAGUUGUGAUUUCUGGGCACUUUAAUAGUGUACAGGAUCUAAGGUGGGAUCCAGAAGGAGAAUUUCUCAUGACUGUGAGUGCUGACCAGACAACUCGGCUCUUUGCUCCAUGGAGGAAAAAAAAUGAUUCACAGAUAACUUGGCAUGAAAUUGCAAGGCCUCAGAUACAUGGGUUUGACAUGAAGUGUCUAGCAAUGAUUGGUAGGUUUCAGUUUGUAUCUGGAGCAGAUGAAAAAGUGCUUCGAGUCUUCUCAGCUCCAAGAAACUUUGUGGAGAACUUCUGUAACAUCACUGGGCACACAGUGAAGAAACUACUUUCUAGUCAGGACAGUGACCUUCCAGAAGGUGCUACAGUGCCUUCUUUGGGACUCUCCAACAAAGCUGUUUUUCAGGGAGACAUAACUUCGCAGUCAGCUGAAGAAGAAGACGGAUUUGUUGGUGUUGGUCGUCAGUACCAGGACAUUUGCUUUCAGUCCUUCAAACUUAUUGAACCUCCUACCGAGGACCAUCUUUUACAAAAUACGCUGUGGCCUGAGGUUCAGAAACUAUAUGGACAUGGUUAUGAAAUUUUUUGUGUUGCCUGUAACAAUUCAAACACUGUGAUUGCCUCAGCAUGUAAGGCAACCAAGAAGGAGCAUGCCGCUAUCAUUCUCUGGAGUACUUCCUCCUGGAAGCAGCUGCAGAGCUUACUUUUCCACAACCUGACUGUGACCCAGAUGGCCUUCUCUCCAGAUGAUAAAUUCCUGCUUGCUGUUUCUAGAGAUAGAAACUGGUCACUGUGGAAAAGACAGGAAGAAAACUCACAACAACCAGAACCAGCUUUUAGUCUCUGUGCAUUCACAGACAAAAACACAGCUGUGCAUACUAGAAUCAUUUGGUCUUGCGACUGGAGCCCUGAUAGCAGAUAUUUCUUCACAGGGAGUCGUGACAAAAAGGUUGUAGUCUGGGGUGAGUGUGACUCUGCCGGUGCCACAGAAGAAAGUCGCAUCUGUAAUAUCGGGCCCUGCUCUUCAGUCCUGGAUGCAGGUGAUGCAGUCACCGCCAUCAGCGUCAGCCCUGUGCUCACCCUUGCCAGAAGAUAUAUUGUUGCAUUAGGAUUAGAGUGUGGAAAGAUCUCUUUGUAUACAUGGGAGGAGACUCUUCAGAACCCAGCAUCUUCAGAUUGGACCAAAUGCAUAGAAACAAAUCAUAGCCAAAGUCAUACACUUACUGUCAAAAAACUGUGCUGGAGGAAUUGUACCGGAAGAGCUGGACAUGAUGACCCGGACAGUAGUGAGUGGUUACAGCUGGCAAGCUGUGGAGAGGAUAAUUGUGUCAAAAUAUUCAAUGUGAACAGAUAUGCACUUUAGCUAAAGUAGAAAAUUCACAUUAAAAAAAAUGUUAAAAUCUCA